CCGCAAGAAUCUCGCGAGAAUCGAGCACUUUGAGGUGUCGCACAUAAGAUUGUUUCGCAGCCAUUGAAGCAGCCACUCGCUCUUCCCGCCACAGCCAUGAAGACGAAUCUCACUAGCCCUCCACGCCGGCCGGCGUCCGGCUACCCGACGUACAAGAGCCCCUACGGCCCGAAGUACUUCUACCAGUCCCAAAUCGCCGGCAUCAGCACAAAGCACCUCCUCAAAGAGGGUGUCAAGGCUGGCAUGUUCGGCGGUGUCGCACUGUUCGCCGUCAUCUUCUACGCCUCGGGCAUUCCCAGACUACAAAGGGACAUCCUCCAGAAGGUGCCUUUCGUUGGCCACUACUUCAUCCACGAGAUCCCGGCUUCGGACAACCCGUUCUAAACAGUCUUCAUCCAGCGUGCAAAGACGGCGGUUGUGGCGCCCGAGGUUUGGGUUGCGCAUUUGCCGUGUUAGGUGUAUGUGAGCCCUGUAUAAAAGAGAGCGUGCUAUAGACUGCCCUUCCAAGGCCGAUGCUUCCACUUCCCACUGCCACGGUGACCACUUCAGUAUAUUCAAGAUCCCCCAGCGAUUUUCCUUGCGUGCGAAUUCUACUGUGGGAGCCAUGGCCGAGCGCGCGGUUAUCUCUCAACGCCAGCCCUCGAGAUGUCCAGUGCACGGACCUUCUGAGAUCCAAAGCACUCCCAAUGU